AGCAAUCUGACGGUGACGUCACCGCGCCCGUGUAACCUGCAAGCGGAGAUAUUUCAUCGGUUUUGUGUUCAGGACGAUUUUUCAGGCGAAGAGAGGUUUAAACAGGUUUUCAGACCGAGGAGAGUUUAUUUUGAGCGGUUGGUAAACGAGAGCACCGCUUGGAGCAACGCUGAAAAAAUAUGGAAAUUCCGACGGUUAUUGGACUCGGACUUGGUUUCGACGGGACUUCCAACUGGAUAAACAAGAAUAUCGUCGAUCGACUAAUACUCGGCGUCACCGACUUCAGACCAGACGAAUAUUCGAUAGGGCGCAAGUUUCUUGUGCUUUGGAGUUUUCUUACACUCUUCACCUUUCUUCUAUAUUUUACGCUCUGCCCGCUUGUUUUCACGUUUUUGUACCUGAGGCGAGAUUCCAAAGGUGGUAAUAUUGCCGCUUGGAAUCAGAGGGAGGGACGUGAUCAAGUACGGAACGAAAUCACGCUCAGUGUUUUCUCAAUCAUCGUCAUGGCAGCCCUGACUGCGCCUUUUGAACUUUUUGUUGAAGCUGGAUACACCAAAAUAUACUGGGAUCUCCCCACCACUGCCUUUGGAUGGGUUUAUCUUUGUGUUUGUUCUCCUAUUCUCUUUGUCACCUUCUCAGACACAUGUGUUUACUGGAUUCAUCGGCUGCUUCAUCACCGACUUCUUUACGCGCGUAUACAUAAAUUACACCACAAAUACAAGGAAACGACUCCAUUUUCUUCAUACGCAUUCCAUCCUAUCGAUGGCUGGUUGCAAGGUUGUCCAUAUCAUAUUUUCGUAUUCCUGUUCCCGAUGCAUCACAUAAGUUACUUCGUUGCCCUUGCUUUCGUUGGUCUGUGGACAAUCAAUAUACAUGACCGCACUUCGCUGAAGAUACCUUUUGUGAACGGUUCUGCACACCACACGAUACAUCACACUGGUUUCAACUAUAACUAUGGUCAAUAUUUUAUCUUCUGGGAUGUCAUAGGUGGUUCUUUUCGUGACCCCUUCCUACAGGCACCUUACAAUGGUAAACCACUGGCUUCAGGUGAUGUUCCUAUCCCUCCUAAGACUAAGUUGAUAUGAGAGUGAGAACUCGGAUGGUUUUCCUUCAUUUUAAUGAAAAAUAUAACAUAACUCUGUUAGUUAAAAACUUUUGAAUUAUUUUGAUUUACAAACU